CUGUAUACGUAGUGAACUAUAAUAUCGCACGUCACUAUAUGCCACAAGUGGUUUACGCGUUCAUUCCGUAACACAUAAAAACACCGUGCGCUUUUUGAUAUUUGUUCUGUUUUUUGUAAUACCGUUUUGUGAAUUAUUCACCCAAAAUGGCAAGCAGUUCUGAUGAGGAUAAUGCUGAAUAUGGCCCAUCACUAAUUAAAAAGCAAAAAAGUGGAAAAGCUAUAAGUGAAGAUUUAAGAAUCCGUAUUGUGAAUAUGUACAAGAGUAUAAUAAUGGACGAACCUAACAUUUAUAUGAGGCAAAUUCGCAAACAAAUAUCAGAAUUAUUGUCUAUUGGUGAACGUUCAAUCCACACAAUCAUUAUGGCUUACAAUGAGACAAAGACGGUGCCAGUUGCAAAAACAACACGUAAGAAAAAAUCUUUUCGCGAUCUUUUUGACGAAUUUUCAAAAAACGCAGUACGCAGACAUGUGCAUACCAUUUGGUUUCGUCGUGAAAUUCCGCAAUAG